CAAUGUUUGUCAAAUGACUUCUCUACAUGGUAACAUUGUGCAAAUAACCUAAAAGGAUGUAGUGAAGUGAAAUUCCUAUAUUAAAACGUAGUUUACACAAUAUUUCGUUGAGUAAACAACCAUAACUUCUGAACAAUUAUUUUUCUGUUUUUGUAUUUUGUAUUGUUGAUUGGAUAAAAAUUACCUCCAAUUUUAACAAGUUUAUUUUAAUAUGUAAUUUAUGUAUACAUAAGUACUCGUGUCACAUACAUUAUACGCACGCGUGCGCGCGCGCACGCACGCCUACACAAAUACGCACUAUGUAUUAUUAAUAAUAAUUAGAUAUUAAUAAUAACUCAUAAUGUCAGACGAAGAAGAUUAUAUGUCAGAUAAAUUUUUACAAGGAUCUCAAAAAGAUACUUCGUCGACUCUUCUAUAUCGGCAUGCAGAUAAAAGAAAAUUUGAACUUAUGAAAAAGAAAAGCGAAAUUGAAGCAAAAUUAAAAGAAAAAGGUUCUGCUAAAUAUAUUGAAGAAGAAAAACGAGAAGCUGGUUUAUCUUCUGCAAUUACUAGUACCAACAAAGGUUUUGAAAUGCUUAUGAAAAUGGGAUAUAAACCUGGUCAUGGAAUAGGUAAAACAGAAUCAGGAAUGACCGAACCGCUUGGUGUUGAAGUAAAGUUAAACAGACACGGUCUAGGGAAAGAAGCUAAGAAAAAAGAAGUAAAAGUUAAAACCAAUUCGAUUAGCGAUAAAUUAGAUAACAAAAAUAUGAAAGAUUUUCGUGGUAGAAUUGCACAAAAAAGAGCGGAACAAUUAUUAAAAGGAGACCUAUACAAAAGUCAGAAAAUCUGUGAACAAUUGGAUAUGCAAUUGAAUCUAGAAAAGCCUAGAGAAAUAUGGUUUUGGUUACCUCAAGAAAACGACGAAAGCGAUGAUACCGAUUCUGAGGAAGACGACGAGACUCUUCCUGUUAAUGAAAAACUUGACAUUCUUACGAAGUAUUUAAGAGAAAAACACUUUUAUUGUAUUUGGUGUGGAACAACAUUUCAGAAUACAGAGGAUCUGAGAGAUAAUUGCCCAGGAAAUACGAGAGAUGAUCAUUGAAUACGAAUACGAUGAAAUAGGACGUCUAAAAAGAACAUGUAGCGGAGAUGUAUCUGUUACGAAAUGCGAAGGAUUUUGUAAUUCACAGGUACAACCAAGUGUUGCAAGUACUACAGGAUUUUCAAA